UAUUGGCUCCGGGAUCUCUGUUUGAAAAUUAGGUUUUGACACACAAUGGCGAAGCACGGGGGUUAGUUUCUUUGCGCAAAGCAGAAUACGGCAUUUUUCUCACGCAGUUGUUUACAUUCGUAGCUAGUACUGCAGAUAGAUUUUACUACGACCCUGUUACUACUUGUUUUAGAAUAACAUUUGAUAUAAAAAAUAUAUAUAAAUACAUGUUUUUAGCGCACAAGUCUGUAUUGAGGUGCGUGACAUGGUGUUUUGAAAGCACCCGCUUUUGAAUGAAAUGCCAUCUCAUCGUGAUUCAAUGGCUGUCACUGCAGACAGUUGAGCGAAAACACUGGGAUGGCUAGUACCCUUUCAGACCAGCUAGAGGASGUACGAUGCCAUGCGGAAGCUUGUCUGUAUUCCACUGGCUCAGUGCUGGAGGUCCGUGCAGGAAUAUCAGCCAUGGCCAACAUACCCUUACCACCAUCGGUCAAAUACCGCUACAUUGCUGCGGAGACCAUGAUAAUUGAAAACGGCGUCAAUAACAACAGGAAAGAAACCAUAGGUUCCCUGCAGAGAUUGUCCACAGCACUGAACAUUCUGGAGAAGUAUGGCUGUAACCUCACCAGCUCCAGUAGGCCCAAGUACUGGCGUGCUGUCAAGCACAACAACCCUGUCUUCAGAGCAACAGUAGAUGCCAUUCAGGGAGGAAGGGCAGUGCUUUGUCUCUAUGGUUACUCCAAUCAGCAGCCAGACGGCCUGAGUUUCCCUGAUGAGGUCAUGGAGCCUGACAUUGAGAAGGUCGCAGCGGUCACCUUGGAGGUCAUGAGUCUACGCAUGGAACUGGACAUGCUCAUCAAGGAGGCUCACCCCCACCCAGAGUUCUUUGAGAGAAUUAUCCCAUCACUGAACCAACAGGAUGACUUCGGACCCAUUUCUGAUGCGGUAGCUAUUCCCUCCAGCCUCAGAGAGAGCCAGCCCCUGUACAUGUCUCUGGCUUCCCUGGCUCAGUCUCCCACUAGUGCCUUUCUUCCAGUACGGACCGCUAACGCCUCAACAUCCACCUCUAUCUCUACCAGACACACAGACAACUGCACUAUCUGUGCUAUAUUCCCAGUGGCUGCCCACUGUAACUCUUGUGUCCAAUGGCUGUGUACUGAAUGUGAUAGACUGUACCACUCCUCUGUAGAGCGAGCCAAUCACCACAGGACUGUCGUGACAUCCUCUAAAAUGCGAAAGACCCACAGCAGCUCCCUCCCGUCAUGGCACUGUACCCACUGCACCAGGGUCAACUCCAUCCAGGACAUACUGUGUGAGAUGUGUGAGAGGCCACGCCUGGCCUCCUCUGGCCCUGCUAAGGAUGAGUUCGCACAGCCUUUCACCAUCACUGAGUGGCAGUGUAAAAGCUGUACGGUGGUGAACGCGGGCAGUAGUAUCCUGUGUGAGGUGUGUGAGCGCCCCCGCCUGGCCACCAAGCCUCCGGCAACCCCCACACGCCCCCCUCCUACACCCAACCGGCCUGCUGCUCCGGUACUGGGUAUGCCAGGAGACCCAGACAGCCAGUGGAUGUGUCAGUUCUGUACUUACAUCAAUUACACUCCAGCAUCAGUGUGUGAGAUGUGUGACCUCCCCCGCCCCGAGCCCGCCAAAAUGCGAGUCAAACUCCACCCUCCAUCCCAGGUCAAAAGGGUCCCCGUGCUGUCCGUCAAACCCAAAGACCCACCCAUGGAGGACCCUCAUUUGAGGAGACAGAAACUGAUGAGAGAGGAGGGGCUAAAGCUGAUCCAGCUUAUUAGAGAUGGAGAGAAGAAAGGAGUGAGUCCAGAGGAAGUGUACACAGGCAUGCGCGUCUCCGGGGACGGAAACAUCCUUCCCUGUGAUUGGCUCAAAGCAGAGCUACCUCACUUGCUCGACCAGAUCUGUGCCACGGCCUCUUCGUCUCGAGCAGCAGACCUGAAGGCCGGACAGAACCAGAACGGUACUGGUACUGCAGAGGAUACAGGUGUGGAGGAGGAGCAGACCAGAGGGAGAGGAGUGACCCUGUCCAGGGCUGAGGCCAAGCUGGCCUGGCUGUCUGCAGGGGGAGACACUGAGAGAGCAGCGAAACAGGCUCUCAGAGACAGACACUCUAAGGUAAAGGAGCUGUGUUCUCUGGGGUUCACUGACGAGGUGCGGUGUCAGGAGGUUCUGAGGCAGAGCGAGGGAGAGGUGCGGGGGGCUCUGUCUCUGCUGCAGCGACCCCUCAUGGAGCCCUUCCACCAGCGCAUGUGGAGCGACCAACCUGAGCCACCCAUCGACAUCAACCACCCCGACAAACAGCGUGUGUGCCGGAGGCUGCUGGCGGUGUAUGACCUGCCCAGCUGGGGCCGCUGUGAGCUGGCCCUGUCCCUGCUGCAGGAGCGCACCGCCCCCUACUCCCUAGACGACGUGGUACAGGCCGUACGCGAGUCACAUGACCGAGACUUCAUCCGCCGGGUGCUGGCCAAAGAGUGCCCCAUCUGCCUGUCAGACUUUCCCCACAGCAAGAUGCAGUCUCUGACCUCCUGUCAGUGCUCGGUGUGCUGUGGCUGUUUCCAGCAGCACUUCACUAUCGCAGUGAGAGACAAGCACAUCAGAGACAUGGUGUGUCCCGUCUGCUGGGAACCUGACAUCAACGACCCUGAACACCUCAACAGCUACUUCUCCACCCUGGACAUCCAGCUGCGGGAAUGUCUGGAGCCGGAAGUGUAUGAUCUGUUUCAUAAGAAGCUGACUGAACAAGCCCUCAUCAAGGACCCCAAGUUCCUCUGGUGUAGUCAUUGUUCCUAUGGGUUCAUCUAUGAUGGAGACCAACUGAAGGUCACCUGUUUCCAGUGCAGGAACAGCUUCUGCGCACAAUGCAAGAAACCUUGGGAGUCUCAGCACGGUGGUCUGUCGUGUGAACGGUACCAGUCCUGGAAGAGAGAGAAUGACCCAGAGUACCAGAGGCAAGGCCUGGCCGGAUACCUGCGUGACAACGGCAUCACAUGUCCAAACUGCAGGUUCCAGUAUGCCCUGUCCAAAGGAGGCUGUAUGCACUUCAGCUGCUCCCAGUGCAGGUACCAGUUCUGCAGCGGAUGCAACAACCCCUUCCACACUACUUGUGCAGUGAUCCAUUGUAGUGUGACAGGCCUGCAUGCCCAUCACCCUCGAGACUGUCUCUUCUACCUGAGGGACUGGGAGCCUGGCAGACUACAAGCCCUGCUGCAGAACAAGGGUGUUGAGUUCAAUACUGACACCCCUCCAGGAACUCAAGCAGGUCUGUGCGGAGUGAUAGAGCAGAAGGAUGAGAGUGGGCAGCAGACGGACUCGGCCUGUGGGGCUCAAACUCAGCCUGGCCAUGCAGGACUGUGCGAGAAACACUACAGAGAGUACUUGGUGAGCCUCAUCAAUGGCCAUUCCAUCGACCCGGCCCCUCUCUUCAAUGCCAACGAGCUGGUGCUGGCCUGUCGGAGAUACCAAGUGGAUGACGCCCGGGGGGAGCUGGAGGACGAUGUGACGUACUAUACUCGAAUACUGGAGAAACUUAUUGAUGAAGUACCACUUGGAGACAAGGUUCCACGGAAGAAAUGAAAACGACUUGUUUGUUCGUUGAAGUGUGUUUAGUAUUGAGUGUUGGGAUUUUGGCUCAAUAGGCCAUCAAAUGUGUUUGCGUCAAUGUGACUGUUACACCACACAGCAGAAAGCUAUGCUUACAUCCCCAUUAUUGUGCUACAGUUAUUUAUGAAUCUAUAUUAGGGCUAAAUGCUCAGUUGCACAUUCAUUUAAAACAGAGAUGUAUGAGAGUGGGUGUGUGGGUGUGUGCAUAACAUUUCAAGACUGAUAACAGGGUUACAGCUUAAAUAACCAGUUAUAUUUAGAGGCAUCGCUUCAUUGCACACAGUCUGGAGGUGCAUGCUCUUAAAUGUAUAUUUCUGUCUGGGGAAAAAAUGAUAUAUAUUUAAACACCCAAUAAACCACUAGAUUUUCACACCAACUCGAAUCUAGCACACCUGAUUCUAAUAAUGAACUGGUUUAUAUGCUGAAUCAGGUUAGUUAAAACAGGUUGAGCCGAAAACCUGCAGGAGGGUAGAACUCCAGGAACGGGGUUGGAGAGCCCUGCAAUAAACCAAAAGAUCAAUCAUCCACUAUGGUUCUGUCAUGCUUUUUAUCCAAAAUGUUCCUGGUAUGCCUGCUGUAAGGGAGGUAGUUGUGUCCUCAGAGUAACUGCAGGGUUGACAUAGUUACUGGAAUUUUUUGGGGGGGAUUGGAUCAGUACAGCCCCAGAGGUAGGAUUCCGCUUCAAGACUGGACAUUUUGAAACUGGAGAUUGUUUCCCCUCCAGGUAUCAUUGUGAAGUAUUUCUACAGUAAAUAAAUCAUACACAAUCAUUAACAAUAAACUUCAGAUUUUACUUGAGA